AUGAACGUCGGAGCGAAUGGAGGCCGUUUCGAUUUUGACGACGGCGGUACCUAUUGUGGAGGUUGGAAUGAUGGUAAAGCACAUGGACACGGUGUAUGUACAGGUCCCAAAGGUCAAGGUGAAUACUCUGGUGCAUGGCAAUAUGGUUAUGAAUUUUCCGGCAU